AUGCCAUCUGCACCUUUCCACAGAAUCCUACGACCCCUUCUGCUCGGCACUUUCAUCCUGGGAUGCUUUGUGACUCUGUUUUUGAUGUAUUUUAAACCAUCCACCAGCUGGUUAUCAGGUCCCGUAGAGUCGACAGUACCCACAGACCGGGUCAAGAACCUUUUCUCCACCAAGAGCGACAAAAACGUCACCACCGUGCUGAUCUGGCUCUGGCCCUUCGGACAGACGUACGACCUGAGCGUCUGCAGCUCUCUCUUUAACAUCGAGGGCUGCUUCAUCACAGCGGACAGAAACCUCUACAACAAGUCGGAUGGGGUCGUCAUCCAUCACCGAGAUAUCUGCACCGACCUGUCCAACCUGCCGCCAUUCCAGCGCCCGUCCUUCCAGAAGUGGAUAUGGAUGAACUUGGAGUCGCCAUCGCACUCGUCCCAGCUGCCUGGGAUCGAGAACUUGUUCAAUCUGACUCUCAAUUACCGUCAGGAUGCUGACAUUGAAGUGCCUUAUGGGUCCAUCGUAGCAGCAGAGGGCGAGGAGGACUUUGUGCCACCCAGCAAAAACAAACUGAUCUGCUGGAUCGUCAGCAACUGGAACCAGGACCACGUGCGGGUGAAAUACUAUAAUGAGCUGUACAAACACAUUGAGGUUCACGCCUAUGGACAAGCCUUCGGGGAGUACAUCUCUGACCAAGACUACUUCCCCACCAUCGCCAGCUGUAAGUUCUACCUGGCUUUUGAGAACUCCAUCCACAAGGACUACAUUACUGAGAAACUGUACAACCCGCUCUCUGUGGGGACAGUGCCAGUGGUUCUCGGCCCGCCCAGGCAGAACUACGAGAACUUUAUCCAGGGGGACGCCUUCAUCCACGUGGACGACUUCACCUCGCCCAAGGAGCUGGCCGAUUACCUGCUGCUCCUGGACAAGAACGAGGAAAUGUACCUCAGGUACUUUGAGUGGCGGCGACACUUUAAAGUAAAGAAGGCCUAUUUCUGGGCAGAGCACACAUGCCUGGCGUGUGAUUACCUGCGUAGGCACAAGGAGUACAAGGCAUUCAAUAACCUUGACAAGUGGUACUGGGGUGGAUAG